AUGCCGCAACAGCUCGCGGCAAAGGAGGCUGCUCAAUUUCGGCAAGUCCUUCGCAGUUAUGAGGAGAAGCAGUACAAGCGUGGUCUCAAGACGGCGGAUCUCAUUUUAAAAAAGGUCCCGAAGCAUGGAGAGACGAUGGCCAUGAAGGCCCUGAUCCUCAAUGGUCAAGGGAAAAUGGAGGAAGCAUUCAUUCUCGGAAAAGAGGCCCUCACUGCCGACAUGAAAUCCCAUAUUUGCUGGCACGUGUAUGGCAUACUGUAUCGGGCAAAAAAGAAUUUCGAAGAGGCGGCCAAAGCCUACAAGUUUGCGCUCAAGUUGGAACCGACGUCGGCACAAAUACAGCGCGAUCUGGCUGCUCUACAGGUCCAAAUGAGAGACUAUCAGGGCUUCAUCCAGACCCGAAACUCCAUGCUACAGGCUCGCCCGCAAAUCCGACAGAGCUGGAUAGCCCUCGCCCUCGCCCACCAUCUGGCCGGCAACCUGAGCGAGGCGGAGAACGUUAUCACCACCUUCGAGGAUACACUCAAGUCGAAACCCUCUCGCUAUGAUCUAGAGCAUUCCGAAACCAUCAUGUACAAGAAUACCAUAAUUGCGGAGCAAGGCGACUACAAGCGUGCCCUUCAGCAUCUCGAGACUGAUGCCAAGCAAAACCUCGACCGACUCGCCUUUCUUGAGAAUCGCGCCGAAUAUCUUCUGAAGCUCGAACGCAAAGAGGAAGCUGCCCAGGCCUACCGGACUUUGAUUGACCGCAACUGCGAGUACGCGACAUACUAUACACAGCUUAUUAAAGCGCUGGGCAUCGAAGAGAACGAUUGGAAAGCCAAGAAAGCGAUAUACGACGAGUAUGCAACCAAAUACCCCCGCUCUGACGCUGGUCGUCGAAUUCCCCUCGACUUUCUCAGCGGCGACGAGUUCCGUCAAGCUGCACGCGACUAUCUUUGUCUGAUGCUGAACAAAGGUGUCCCCUCCACUUUUGCCAACCUAAAGCACCUCUACUCAGACAAUACAAAAAAGCAGACCCUUCUGGAGCUUACUGAAGAGUACCUGCACUCUCAGAAAUCCGACUUAGACAGCAAGGACAAGGGCGAGGCUGCGGCUCUUUUCUACCUGGCUCAGCACCACAACUACCACAUGAGCCGCGAUCUGGUCAAGGCUAUGGAAUACAUUGAAAAGGCGAUCUCGAAGGACAACAAGAGCGUUGACUACCACAUGACCAAGGCAAGGAUCCUGAAGCACGGUGGCAAUCUGCAAGAGGCUUCGGAGAUGAUGGACUAUGCUAGAUCCUUAGACUUAAAGGAUCGCUAUAUCAACAGCAAGGCCGCCAAGUACCAACUCCGCAACAAUCAAAAUGAAAAGGCUCUCAGGACUGUCGGACUUUUCACUCGCGCAGACACUGCCGGUGGGCCCCUCGCCGAUUUGUUGGACAUGCAAUGUAUUUGGUUCCUCACAGAAGACGGUCGAGCCUACGCCAGACAGGGCAACAUUGCAUUAGCACUCAAGCGUUUUCACCAGAUCGCGACCAUUUUCGACGUGUGGCAGGAGGAUCAGUUUGACUUUCACGCCUUUUCUCUACGUAAGGGUCAGAUCCGUGCAUACAUUGACAUGGUGCGUUGGGAGGAUCACGUUUUCGAUCAUCCCUUCUACACCCGUGCUGCCCUGGAUGCCAUCAAGAUCUACCUGAACAUGGCUGACAAUGCUGUUGCUGCCGCUAACGGUAAAGAAAAUGGAAAUGGCGUGGCCGAUUCCGAGGAACUGCUAAAUCAGAAGAAAGCCCUCAAGAAGGCCAAGAAAGAACAGCAGCGUCAAGAGCGCGAGGCAGCGGAGAAACAGGCCAAGCAAGACCCCAAUAAGGCCGUUGGUCCUGACGGUGAACUAAAAAAAAAGGACGAGGAUCCUCUGGGCCUGACGCUGGCAGCUACCGCUGAUCCCCUUGAUGCGGCCAUGAAACUACUUUCUCCAAUGCUGGAGGCGAGCCCCAAGAGCAUGCAAGUACAGCUGGCUGGUUUCGAAAUAUUUAUGCGCAGAGAAAAAUAUGUAUUAGCCCUCCGCUGUUUGAAUGCCGCCAUUGCACUCGACAGCAGUCACCCCAAGCUGCACGCCCAAAUCGUCGCUUUCGCCAAAAUGCUUAAGACGGCUUCUGGUAUGCCGCCUAAGGUUAUCGACGUUCUCAGGGCCGAGUUCAAGGUGGUAGAUGUGGGCACAGAUCUAGCCAAGCACAAUGCCGACUACCAGGCCAAGCACAAGCACAGCAUCCGCCACGUUUUGUCAUUUGUGGCCGCACAGCGCGCCCUGGAUGGCAACAAGGGCGCCAGCGACAAGCAGCUUACCGCCUCUCUGAGCUUGCCCGGCACCACAUUCACCGACGCGAUCGAGGUGCUGGACUGUUUGAGGGACUGGAAGAGCAGCGAAGCGGACGCUUUCCAAAAGGCGGCCCGCGCCAAGUUUCCCGAGGCUACCAGGCUCGCCUGA